UUGUCCAUUUCCCCCGUCCCUUAAAUUAUUUCUGCAUCCUUAAGUAGCUUGCUUAUGCUAUCUUCUUUCCCCCUCUCCCUACCAAUUAUUCCCAAGACAUUCCCCUCUUCUUCCUUCCCGGUUCCUACUAGCUCCCACAUCGUCAUUCCAGUCUUAACAUGGUGGGUUAGACUUAAUUAGGGGUCAAGAAGAAGGUGGUGGUGGAGUCCAGGAGGGGCAUGGGGGAGGUGAAGGAGAAGCAGGAGGUGGUGGAGAUUCUUGAAGAUGAUGGUAAGGGAACGGGAACCUGGGACAACGCCGUACCACUGGCGACCCUGGACCUCAACGAGGAUUUCAGUGAGGCUGGGAACAUGUACUACAACGAUGCUGACGACGAUGACAACGGUGGUGGUGGUAGCACAAGUGAGGUUGCAGGAGGAAGGAAUUCCAGCAACAACAGCAGCACAAACAACGAUUCGGACAGCAGAAAGGGCGACAUGGACGGCUGCGAGAAGGUGCCGACGGUGCGGCAGUACAACCGGUCUAAGCACCCCCGGCUCCGGUGGACGCCUGACCUCCACAUGGCGUUCCUCCGCGCUGUCGAGCGGCUGGGCGGCCAAGAGAGAGCAACCCCAAAGCUUGUGCUUCAGAUGAUGAAUGUGAGGGGGCUCAGCAUUGCUCAUGUAAAAAGCCACUUGCAGAUGUACCGAAGCAAAAAGAUAGAACACCAGUCAAGCCACGAGAGGGCAGCCAUAUCAUCAGUAUUUCCCCCCAUGAAUUUCCACAUGAGGAGAGCGGACCAUCGAUUCCACGACAUGUUCUUCCAGCGAGCUGCUGGGUCCUCUUUGUCCUCCAGGUUGAACGAGAACAGCGGGAUCUUGGCGUCGAGAAACGCCGACUUGCCGGAUACUAGGCAGAUUUACGGUCUCCUCCAACGCCGGAAGCCUCCAUCUGCAAUACAUACCUUCGACUCCAACAACUACAGUAGUCUUAGGAAUCAAGAAUGGGCGUUCACCCAGCGCGUGGCUGCGGCAAGGACAGCCGCCGUUAAUGACCAUGUUCCAGCAAAAGGACUCGUGCACGAGAUGACCUUCAGGAAGGACCGCAAGCCGACGCCGGAUAAGUUCAACGCGAGGGACGCCAACGCCGCUAACCGGACGUCGCCGUUGGCAUCAAUGAGCGGCGCCGCUGACCGUAGGCCAGAAGAUGGCGCAAAAGUCGGAAGCAUUAACGGGAUCGGCAGCAGCCCACGGCCCACCUCGAGGACAAUGUCGGCAGCGCGGCUCACCACUACUGGUUUUGAGCUCAGCCCAUCUUUGUGGCCACGUGCCGCCGGCAGCAAUGGCUGCGACCACCCCAGCCGUAACAUUAGCACAACGUCGUCAUCAGAUCUCGUCGGGGCAACGCGUGAAUCAGGAUCCCUACCACUGUUGCAAAAGCAGGAGCAGCGAGAGCCGACGGCUCCUUCCAAAAAUAUUGAGGUUAAGGAAACGCGAUUCGAAACAGAUGCGUGGAGGAAGAAAACAUUGGCGUCGGAGGCGAGUGGAUGGACGCCGGAGUUGCAGCUAAGCCUGAGCCCCAACGUGGAGGCAGACAAUAAUGGCAGGGGCAAGAAGAGGAGCAGCGCUGAGUUGGAGGUGGGCAACCACAACAACAAUCUGCCACUUUCUCUGUCUCUGUCACUCCGGGAUUGCGUUGCCGUUGACGAUGGCGGCUGCGGCGAUGCCAGAAGGUUAGAGGUUGCAACAGAUAGCCGCAGCAAGAAGGCCGCUCUGGGGCUGAGUACUUUGGAUCUCACCAUGUCGAUCAAGGCAUUGGAGUGAGAUCUUUCAAGUACUUGUCCCAAGGCCUUACAAAACUUGCACUCUGCACCAUGAGAUUAAUUAAUAAGAUUGUUAAUCUAAUUUAACCACAUGCUUCCUGACAAAUACACACACACACACACACACACACACACACACACAUAUAUAUAUAUCUUAUGUUGAGUGACUAGCUGUUGCUCUUGCUCUAUAUAUUACAUGCAUGAUCAGUCCAGUUUUUGUCAUGUUCUCAUUGGGAAGAUAAUUUAAUCAUAUAAGAAAUGAAAAUUUUCA